AGCUUCCGGUCGGCAAGAUGGUGGCGCGCAGAAGGAAGCGUGCGGCGCGGGAAUGUGAUUCGGGGGUUCCAACCCUGCCCGGCUACUCAGCCAUUCCGAUCAAAUUCUCUGAAAAGCAGCAGUCUUCUCAUUACCUCUAUGUGAGAGAGCACAAAGUUCGAGAAGGUACCAAGUCUUCCUGGCCUCAGAAGCGGACUCUUUUUGUCCUCAAUGUGCCCCCGUACUGCACAGAGGAGUGCUUGUCCCGCCUCCUCUCCCCCUGCGGGCCCGUCCAGUCGGUGAAGUUACAGGAGAAGCCAGAGCUUGCUGAGAGCCCAAAGGAGCCCCGGUCGAAGUUCUUUCACCCCAAACCAGUUCCCGGCUUCCAGGUGGCCUACGUGGUGUUCCAGAAGCCAGGCGGCAUGUCGGCCGCCUUGGCCCUGAAGGGCCCCCUGCUGGUCUCCACUGAGAGUCACCCUGUGAGGAGCGGCGUCCUCAAGUGGAUCCGAGACUACACGGACUCGGUGCCGGACCCCGAGGCCCUGAGGGUCGAGGUGGACGCCUUCAUGGAGACGUACGACCGGAAGAUAGCGGAGGAGGAGGCCAAGGCCAAGGAGGAGGAAGGAGUCCCCGACGAGGAGGGCUGGGUGAAGGUGACCCGCCGGGGCCGCCGACCAGUGCUCCCGAGGACGGAGGCGGCCAGCCUGCGGGUGCUGGAGCGGGAGAGGCGGAAGCGCGCCCGCAAGGAGCUGCUCAACUUCUACGCCUGGCAGCACCGCGAGACCAAGAUGGAGCAUAUCGCGCAGCUGCGCAAGAAGUUCGAGGAGGACAAGCAGAGAAUCGAGCUGAUGCGGGCCCAGCGCAAGUUCCGACCCUACUGAGCGUCGCCCACCCCAACAGGCCCCGAGGAGCAGGGUGGUGACUGGGUGGCAGUUUACGGCCAGCAAGGACCCGGGGUCCUGGAACACCCGUCUCAACGGCUGUGCCCAGGCCGAGGGGCCGCUGUGUGACACCCCAGAGACCUGAGCCCACAGGGUGGGGUGAAGUACAGAGUCACCCGUCAGUUCCUGUGUGCUUCGGCCGUCCUAGGGCCCGGAGCGAGGACUUGGCCUCCGGAAGCCCCUGGCCCAGAGCUGGCUCCUUCCUUGUCCUGGGUCCCGUCCCCGUCUGGCUCCGGACUCUCCUCUCAGGGCUGACUGACUGCUGUGUUCACCCCUUCCUCCUGAUAGAGAAGCCCCUGUGGGCAGUGAGACGGCCUCACAAGCAGAAUACAAGAACAUUUUAUUUUUUAUGCAGCUGGGUGGCAAGAAAGGACUAUAAAAGCCAGCUGGGCCUAUCUCAGGCCUCACACAUACCCUCUGCCUAGUCACAAAACAGACACCAUCCCACCCCCCAGAAGUCACAGAUGUUGAAGUCAGAAUCUUACACCCCUCCACGCCCCCACCCCCAGCUCUGCCUUAGCACUCGCUUCUGGCUGUGCUGGUCUUCGGGACCAGGGGCCUGUCCCCAGCACACUGGUCUGGGCUUGGGAGCUGGGAGUCUGGUGCUGAAGCAGGCGGCUGUAGCCCCAGGCCCAGGGCUACAGGGGGGCUGGGGUUCCUUCCUUGUUCUGUAAAAAGGAGCUGAUGGCACCAGCCACCUGCUGGGGUUGGUUCAUGUGGACAUAAUGAUUGCCUGGGACUUCCAAGUACUGGAAUCUCUGGGGAGAGAAGGGAACAUGGGAUGAGGUGACCCAGUGGAAGGCCGCCUCCCAGCGGUUCCACGUGUCCACAGCUCUGCAGGCCCUAGUCAGUCGGGGAGGGGGCAGACGGGCCUGGCUCAGAGCCAGUGGGAAAGGCCUUCCUGGGAGGGAAGUGCCCAGCCCUCGGGUUUUAGGCCAUUCUGAGCUGAGGUGGUAGAGCUCGAGAGUCCAGAGGCUGCUCCUGGGUCUGGUCAUCAGAUAAUAUUCACUUGAAGAAGGAACAAGCAGCUUUUCCAUCUUGCCCGGGAGAAAGGCCCACAGAGCAGGAAGAAGGACUGCACAUUGCCUGGCACACAGGGGCGUCCCCUUUGUGAUGACACCCAGCUGUCUGCUCAGGCCCCAGGGUCGGCUGUCUGUACUAGGUGAUGCUCCCAAAAUGCCAGGUGCUCCCAGGGGCCCAGGCAAACAUCAAAGUCACAGCCCACGUGCCAGCCCUCCAACUUGGAGCCUGGCACCCGCUGGUGGGCCUGGUCAUCUGUUCCCAUUUGAGACCCCAGGAAAUUGUAGAACCACUCAGUUGGGCAUGGCCCAGGAGUACAGGAGGACAAUAAAACCAGGAGAUUCUGCCAA